CCUUCGCGUUAAACGUCAAUAGUACAGAGUUCGUAUUCAUCAUGAAGCUGAUGCUAAUGGUGCCGAGUUCCGCCGUCGCAGGCCUGAGCACAGCAGACACGCGUCCGGCCACACCCAACCCACGGCACCUCUCCGUCGGGCUUUCCUUCGGUCUCGGAGGUCACGGCCACAGAGGCUUCAAUCCAGGGUUUGGAGGAGGCUUCCAUCCAGGCUUUGGGAACGGCUUCCACCCUGGCUUUGCCGGUGGGUUCAACCAGGGCUACCCAGGUGGCUUCUACCCUGGAGGCUUUGGAGGGUAUCACCCGGGGACUUUUGGCAGCUUUGGAGGAGGUUUUGGCGGGAACUUCGGCGGCGGACAUGGAGGCUUCUUCGGCUGAAACUCACGAGAAAGGAAGAGGUCACACCGCUCAUGACAGAGGGAGAAGUUGUGGAAUAAGGACGGGGGAUUCAAGUCUUAUCCGCGAUCCAGACUGAUUAAGAAGCUAAACUAGUUUCUAAGGUAUUUUGAUAAGAAGAAAAGGAAUGAAAAUUUGCCGGUGGGUUCAACCAGGACUACCCAGGUGGCUUCUACCCUUGAGGCUUUGGAGGGUAUCACCCGGGAACUUUUGGCAGCUUUGGAGGAGGUUUUGGCGGGAACUUCGGCGGCGGACAUGGAGGCUUCUUCGGCUGAAACUCCCGAGAAAGGAAGAGGUCACACCGCUCAUGACAGAGGGAGAAGUUGUGGAAUAAGGACGGGGGAUUCAAGUCUUAUCCGCGAUCCAGACUGAUUAAGAAGCUAAACUUGUGAAAAUUCUAUGGACUGGCCGUCACACUCGUCUCCCAUUCGCAUUUCCUUCACCGCGCCUUCCGAUCGCAAUUUCACGCCAUUUCGUAUCAAACAUGGACUUUCAUUCCGAUUUCAUAUAAUGGCCGUAACAAGAUUUCUAAUGAACACACGCCUGGAAUCCCUAAAAUUCCUGCUAUGACGCUGGAAGGGUAAAAAAAAAAGGCAACAGGUGUGAAGAAUAACCUCGUAUUGCUUUCGGCUUCCCCCUCCCCCUCCCUCUCUCCCUCACGCUCGUCUAGUCACGCCAAGCUCUCGCCAGGCUGUUUUGUUUUUUAUCUGAUGAUAAACUGAAAACAUGUAAUAAAUAUUUUGAAUGAUA